AUGCCCAACGCUGUAUUAUUCAUUCUCUCGCUGUUCUCACUUCCAGUUCGAAAUUCUUCAAAUCUAUAUAUCUAUCCAUAUUUCUCAGCGUCUUCAGCUCUCAUCUAUCCAUCUCAGCUUCUUCCUAUCAGUCGAUCUAACUAUAUAUCCAUCUGUCUAUCCCAGCCUCUUUUUUAUCCCUCUAUUUGUCUCAUUAUAUUCAUAAAUAUCUAUCUAUCAAAGUAUCUAUCUAUCUAUCUAUCUAUCUAUCUAAUCAGUCUGUCUCAGUAUGUUCAUAUCUAUCUAUCUAUCUAUCUUAUGUUCAUAUCUAUCUAUCUAUCUAUCUAUCUUAUGUUCAUAUCUAUCUAUCUAUCUAUCUUAUGUUCAUAUCUAUGUUUAUAUCUAUCUCAUCUCUCUCUCUUUCCCUAUCUAUCUAUCUAUCUAUCUAUCUCAAUCUCUAAUAUGCUAAUAUAUAUCUUCAUAUCUAUGUAUGUUCAUAUCUAUCUCAAUAUGUUCAUAUCUAUCUAUCGAUCUCAGUCUGUUCAUAUCUAUCUUUCUAUCUAUCUCAGUCUGUUCAUAUCUAUCUAUCUUUCUAUCUAUCUCAGUCUGUUCAUAUCUAUCUAUCUUUCUAUCUAUCUCAGUCUGUUCAUAUGCAUCUGUCACCUUUAUGAUUAG